CUCCAGAUGCUAAUUGAAACUAUUCAUUAAACCUCCCAGAUGAAGAGGAGCAGAAAUGGGCUUUAUGCUAAAAGUAACGUCCCAUUAGGCAAAAGACCCAUACACCUUAUAAAAAUGCUAUUAAUUUUUCUGAAAACAGCCAAAUUUGGAGCUUCUUCUCACAGGGUAUAAAGUCUUACUAGUUUUACUAGUUCAUUAGACACCGUCAAUAUAGCAUAACAUACGAAAUGGUUAGCCAGCUGAAGUCUAAACGUCUGGCAGAGACGAGAGAUGAAAAGAAAGAGAAGAAAAUAAAGACCGGUCCGCUUAAGUCAGAAGAAGGUAUUCCUUAUGAUUAUAUUGUUAUAGUGGAUUCAGGAUCUGGUGGAUCCCGAGUUUUCGUAUACAAUUGGUUGAAUCCAUACCAUGCUUUGCAGCAGGGUCAUGACAUGGCGCAACACGCGAAGUCGUUGACACUUGUUAAGAAGUUUUCUUUCGAUGAAAGGGACUCCAAAGAAAAUGAUAGCGAGAGUGAAUCAGACUCGGAUUCAGAGAAUGAGUCGGGGGAAGAUAAUAAACAGAACAAGAACAAAAACAAGGGUGAAUUCAAUAACAUAAAGUUCCCUAAAAUAGGGCUGAAAAAGAAUUGGCAUCGAAAGAUAUCUCCUGGUGUUUCGUCUUUUAAUUUAAGUCCUCAAAAAGUUGGAAACCGCCAUAUUAAAAACUUAUUAUCGUUAGCAAGUAAAGUUGUUCCCAAAUCGGAGCAUACUAGAACUCCUAUUUUCCUUCAUUCGACUGCAGGUAUGAGGUUAUUACCUCCAAACGAACAAAGUUAUAUACUUGAAAACAUAUGUUCAUAUAUUCAGUAUAAUCUGGAUUUUUACAUUCCGGACUGUGCAACCCAUAUCAAUGUAAUAGAUGGUGAUAUUGAAGGAUUAUAUGGUUGGCUUUCAAUCAAUUAUCUAAUAGAUUCGUUUGAUCACCCUGGUAAACAUGCUCAUGGUAAAAAUCAUACAACUUAUGGUCUCUUGGAUAUGGGCGGUGCUUCUACUCAAGUUGUCUUCCAACCAAAUUCAACUGAAGUUGAUGAACAUAGUAAUAAUUUGUACAAAAUUCACUUAUCAGAAUUACCUUUACUUCAAAAUGGAUCCUUCAAUACUAACAAUAUCAUCGGGAAUUAUACUGUCCCAGUAUCCAAAGACUAUAACAUUUAUUCCGAUUCUUUUCUUGGUUUUGGAAUGUAUCAAGCCCAUAAUCGUUAUCUUUCAUUUUUAACGGAAAAAUUCCGCAAAGAUAAUGAUUUAGAUGGUGAAGCUGGUAACUUUUAUAGCAGUAUCACUACCCCAGUUCCAGAUCCCUGUUUACCUAAAGGUUACACGAUUUCAAAUAAAAUUAAUGAUGUCAAUGUCGAUUUUAUAGGGGAGAGUAACUUUGAGAAAUGUUUGGAAUCGAUAUUCCCAGUCUUAGUAAAUACAACCCAUAGUGCAGGUAACACUAAUGGUAAAGGAAGUGAAAAUUGCAAACAAUAUAACGCAGGUGACCAAGUCAGCUCGUGUCUUUUAAACGAUUUGAUCCCUUCUUUUGAUUUUGAUGUGAAUCAUUUCGUUGGUGUAAGUGGUUAUUGGGAUGCAUUAACACAUUUACUCUCUUACGAGAGUAGACUUCCCAAACGUAAAGAUAAGAAUCAAAAAUCAAACCAAGAUUCAAAAAAUCAAGAAUCUUAUGAUUAUAAUGUUAUAUAUAAGCAAACCUCCAAACUUUGCUCACAAUCUUUAAGUCAAUUAUUCGAAUUAAAUAAUGUUAAACCAGAAAAACUGAGAUUAUCCGAAUCCGAUCUUUCAGAGUUGUGUUUCAAAUCAUCUUGGAUCCUUAAUUUUCUUCACUUAGGUCUAGGUUUCCCUCGUUUUGGCAUUGAUGAAAUCCCAAAUAAAGAUAAUCAGUUCAAGUCUUUGCAAUUAGCUGAAAAAUUGGGUGGCUCAAAAUUUUCAUGGACCCUAGGGCGUGCUUUAUUAUAUGCUAAUGAUGAAUACGUUCAAGCUUUUAAUAACUAUACUACAGAUAAUAACUUGCCACCUUCCUCGUUACUUCAAAGACCAGGAUAUUAUUACACUGCAGUUUCAAGCGUAUUCCAUUAUGGGGCUGAACAAUCCGGUAUUAGUCCAAGACCUCAAUAUACUGAACCAGUUGCUGGAGCCAAAUACCCCCAAUUUGAUUAUGAAACCGAUUUAGAUAAUGGUGAUGUACUGAAAUGGUAUGUUCAACCACAUCGUUGGUACGGAAUUGCUGUGCUUAUGUCAUUAUUGGGUAUAAUAGUAUGGUUGAUGUUGGGUGAGACGGGUAGAAAGUCUCUAGUCAAUAAGAUUCGCCUGAAAACUCGAAAUGGUAUUUAUAAGGUCAAUGACUUGUUCAAGAAGAACAAAUCUUCAAAUGGUAUAUAUUCAAGAGUUCCAACAGAUUCUAAUCAACAUCCUACAGAUUUAGAAGUUGCUGGGUACGAAUUAAAUAAUAUGGGUAGUAGAGAGUCUUCAAACGAAAGUCAAGAUCCUACAUUUAAAAUCGAAAGCGAUGAUGAAUCAAACUAAUUACUGAUAUAGCUAGGCACUUAAUACUAUAUGUUUAU